UUUAAAUCAAGAUCCUUUUAUGAUAAGAAGUGACAGAGUUACACUUGUUUUGGUUGAAUCUUGAAACAGAUGUUUUGCAUAUAUGUGCAUAUUCUUUUACUCUUUCAUGAUUUUUUAAAUUCAUCAUCAAUAUAACACAAAAUUACUACCAGAAUUUUGUCAGAUUAGUCUUUUUGGAAAUAAAAGUGAAUGAAUAGUAAGUAAAUGAAAGUACAUGUACACUGUUAUGAACAGUGUGUAUGCUUGUGUGCACAACUGUGUGUGUGUGUGUGUGUUUUUGCUGCCGCAAGGAUGUGGUUUACUGCGUGCAACAACUUCAUGCCGGAAGCUCCGCCGCGUCUAUGAAGUUUAUCAUCCACAACUUUAUAUUUUCUUCUUCUCCUGUCACUGCGAGACGCACCGUUUGCUCCCUACUCAUGACAAAACCAGUCAGCCUCGCUCGCUGUGUUCUCGGUUGUCCUCACAAUGUUCCCCAGGGUGAUUCUGAAGGGAACGAUGAUCAAAAAAUCCCAACAGAAGAAAAGAAUAUCACCAAGUAACUACAAGGAGAGGUUCUUUGUGUUGGACACUAAAGACCUGAAGUAUUCUGAACGCCGCCCGGGGAAGAAGCCCAUGUUGAAAGGUUGCAUCGAACUGUCCAGGAUUAAGUGUGUGGAGAUUGUGUGCAGCGACAUUCCCAUACCGUGCAACUACAAGUACCCUUUUCAGGUUUUUCAUGACUCCUACUAUCUCUACAUUUUUGCCCCAGACAACGACUGCCGGCAGAGAUGGGUCAGAGCUCUGAAAGAGGAGACCAAGCACAACAACUUAGUUGUGAAGUUCCACCCAAACUUUUGGCUGGAUGGGAAAUGGAAAUGCUGCCAACAGACGGAGAAGCUGGCGACUGGUUGUCAGCCAUACGACCCCGUGGGUUACGCUUCUAAAAAGCCACUUCCUGAACUUCCAGAUCCAGAGACGGAGCUGCUAAAUUCAGGGAAGCAGCUGGUCAUCGCCCUGCAGGACUACAAACCGCAGGGAGACGACGAUUUGCCUCUUCAGAAAGAUCAGGAAUACCUGCUGAUCAGCAGCUCCCACCUGGAGUGGUGGAUGGUGCAGGAUGACACGGGUAAAAAAGGUUUCGUGCCAAGUACGUACGUAGCUGAAAAAGCUGGCAACAACUUUGAGCGAUUUGAAUGGUACAACAAACAUAUUACCAGAGCAGAGGCUGAGGAAUUGUUAAUGAAAGAGGUCCAACGGUGAGAAGAAUCCCAGGGUAAAACAUUACCAGAUACGAGAGUCAGAAACAGGGCAGAACGCUUUUUACCUGGCAGAAAAAUACCUGUUCAGCACCAUUCCAGAGCUAAUCCAUUACCACCAACACAAUGCUGCUGGACUCAUAACCCGACUGAGACACCCCAUCUCUCAAGGAAGACRAUGUUCCCAGGUUGCUGCUGAUCCCUCUAAAGAUCAGUGGGAGAUCGACCCUGAGGAGCUGACCCUGGGUCAAGAGGUGGGCAGCGGGCAGUUCGGGCUGGUGCUGGAAGCGACAUGGAGGGAGCAGAGGGUGGCGGUGAAGAUCGUACGAGAAGACUGCAUGUCGGACGAGGAAUUCAAAGAGGAGGCAAAAGUUAUGAUGAARYUGUCCCACGGUAAGCUUGUGCAGCUGUACGGCGUGUGCACCCAGCGCUCCCCCAUGUGCCUGGUGUUCGAGUUCAUGGAGAACGGCUGCCUGUCUGCGUACCUGCGAGAACGGAGAGGCCGUCUGUCUCGGGACGUGAUGUUGGGGAUGUGUCUGGAUGUCAGCGAGGGGAUGGCGUACUUAGAGAGCUCCAACUUUAUCCACAGAGAUCUGGCUGCCAGGAACUGUCUGGUCUCRAAGAAAAACGAGGUGAAGGUGUCCGAUUUCGGGAUGACCAGGUUUGUUCUUGACGACCAGUACACCAGCUCCCAGGGCUCCAAGUUUCCUGUCAAGUGGUCWGCCCCAGAGGUCAUCAGAUACUCCAAGUUCAGCAGCAAGUCUGAUGUCUGGUCAUUUGGCGUGCUUAUGUGGGAGGUCUAUAACGAGGGCCGUCUCCCUUAUGAGAACCUGUCUAACAGCGAGGUGGUGGCGUCUCUGAACUCGGGCCUGAGGCUCCUGAAGCCACGCUUGGCCCCAGACUCUGUCUACAUGCUUAUGGAGUGGUGCUGGAAGGAGAAACCAGAAGAUCGCCCAUCAUUUGCUCUCCUCCUCCAUGAACUGGCGUCCCUCUCAGACUUGUGAGGGUCUGAGAGCAUUUCAAAAAGACUUGUAUUUAUUUUAUUUAUUUAUUGAAUCACUUAUGAAGUGUUUCUUUCCCCCAACAUGUGGGAAGUGAAAGUGAUUACGAUGCAAAAGACAAAUGUAUUUUUUUUAGUGGAUUUAGCACUUUAUAUCGCUGUAAACAAUUGUAGAAAAGGCUCACACAGUCCAGUCACAUAAUCACAUAUUCAUGUAGAUGUUUUACUUACUUUAGUGACCAAAAUGGCUUUACUGACAAAUAUUAAAUGUUUGAAACCUU